AUAGAAUAAUUUCAUAAAUUAUAAUCAUACAAACAGUUCGCAGCAGACUGUUGAAUAGUAAACAGUAAGAGUAAACUUUAGUAAAUUAAAAAACAUGGCUCAAAACUUAACAAAUCCUUUAAAGAAUGCGUUAAGGAGUCGCAUGAAGAAUGAAGUGCUCAAAACCAUAAAUGCCGAAUCGCGAGCAAGACAAUCUAAAGCCGUAACCGAAAAGGUUUUACAAACCGAAGCAUUUCGUUCUGCUCAGCGUAUAAGUAUAUAUUUGAGCACUUCCACGGAGUUGGACACUAGUGACUUGUUAAGUGAAUGUUUUCGUUUGGAGAAACAUGUCUUUGUUCCCACUUAUGAGGGUAGUCAAAUGGAAAUGGUGCGUUUAAAAGAUUUACAGGAUUAUGAGACUCUACCUUUGACCAAGUGGCAUAUUAAACAGCCCAAUAUUAAGGAUGGUCGAGAAAAUGCUUUAACAAAUGGACAUGGAAUUGAUUUAUUCUUAAUACCCGGUGUUGCAUUUACCUUAAGCGGUGGUCGCAUGGGCCAUGGUAUGGGUUAUUAUGAUAAAUAUUUAAAAAGACAUCAGACCACUUAUCCGAAUAAGAAAACCACAUUGAUGGCUUUAGCAUUUCGUGAACAGAUUGUUGAUGAAGAAAGUUUACCUUUAGAUACACAUGAUGUUAGAUUGCAUACAAUAAUAACUGAAUAAAAAAUAUGUCAAUAAAAAAGUACGUACAAAUAAAUAAAAAAAAUGUAAUAAGGAAAUUUUAAAAUGAAAACACCGGCAUACACACACUUUCAAACGUACUCGUAAUAUGCACUGUAUACACGUUUUAAUUGAUAAGAAUAAACUACAUUGU